AUGAUCCUAGACAGCAUCUAUCAACCGUCCCCAAAUCUAUACGUGAACAGUGAUCGUCAAUCGUAUGCACUUAGCGUCCAGGCUGUGGCCCAAGAGAAAACCAUUAUUGUUGCUCGCACUCUUCUUCACCUGGCAAUCUGCAUCAACAGCCUGCCACCGGAGUUUGACAUUUCCAGGCUAUCCAGCAGGUGCGAUCUCAACCUGACCAUGAAGAAUUACGUCUCGACCGUUACGUCGCUCAUCACUUGCUCCGACGAAGUGGUCAUGACUCUGCACGGUCUUGAGACAAUCCUGCUUCUUGGACUCUACCACAUGAACAGCGCAUCGCUCCGCCAAGCUUGGCUCGUUGUUCGACGAGGCCUCAAUCUUGCGCACCUGAUGGGAUUCCAGCGCAUCAUCACUCAAGAAGAUCUUGACCCACCCAUUCCCGUCAUGUCCAACGCAAAAGUCAUUUGGCGCAAUCUUGUGGAUCUGGACCGAUACCUCGGAGUACAUCUACGCCUUCCCCUCGGUGCAGACGAUUACCCCGUUUCGGAAGAUGCAGACUCUCAUCUGGUUCACCGGGCACGGAUCAAUGCCAUCUCCAAAGAGAUUGCUGAACUAGAUCGCGAAGUCUCGCCGCAAACAUACGCCACCGCCCUCGCUCUGGACGAGAAGCUGGAGGCAGCCAUGAAGGAAAUGCCCCGGGAGUUCUGGGAAGUGCCUCACAUUCCCUCGACAGCACGCUCGCCAGAAUCACAUGCGGCGCUGGAGAGACUCAUGGUGCAGAUGUGGCACUUUGAGAUGAAGAUUUUCAUCCAUCUGCCUUACUUGCUACGGGCUCCACGGGAAAGUCGGUACGAUUACUCCAAGGUGACUGCCCUGCAGGCGAGUCGUAACGUUGUCAUGAGAUGGUUCGCCCUCCGCAAUGCCAACAUCACGCAGGCAUGCUGCCGGUUCGGCGAGAUUGGCGUCUUCAUCGCCGCCAUUACGCUCAGCCUGGACAUCAUCAUCGAGCUCGGCAUGAAGGAGAGGAGCGAAGUUCAACAGUCCAAAGGGACCGACUUCGCCAUGCUCUGCCGCCUGAUCAACGAGAUGGAGAAGCUAGGCAACUCGAGUCCUCGCGAGAGGAUUGCCGCGCGCAGUUGCAUCGUGUUGAAGAAGGUGCUGUCCUCGCUUGACCCAAGGAAAGAAUGUACGGGCAAAGCGCGACUGACGAUUCCCUUCUUUGGCACCAUAAACCUCGAGUUCAAGCGUUUGCCCGUCAAGUCGGUCUUCAACGCCGACUCGGACGCUGGCAAGAUGCUAGACGCGACUGCUGUAGGAAAACAUCUUCCCGUGUUUUCUUUUGUGCAUAAUUCGCUAUGGCCUCCUCCUGAGAAUAAAGAGGGGCUUGGUCGGGAUUGGGACAUUGUUCUCUACGAUGGUCUUGAAGAUAGAGACACGGACGGCAACUGGGUGUUUUGA